GCUGUGAUGAUGAGGUCGUCUCUCUGUUUAUUUAUUUUGGUAUGCUCGUAUGCUGCUACAUUAGUCGUGGCUCAUCCUUCACGCGACAAAUCAAAUUUGACAAUAGACAAUAAAGCAAGCGAAAAUGAUCACAACAGUGGAGUCCAGAAAAAGUAUAUAAGAGAAUGGAAUCGAUUAACAUUUGUUCCAUUUGCUAAACUACGCGAAGGAGAGGACAAUUCCUCUUGCAGUGCAGGAGACGGCGACGACGACGAUUUUCCGUUUUUCCUAAGCGAGGACCAAAUCCUUCAUGGAGGCAUAAUCCUAAUUGUAUUGAUCGGGAUAUACGGAUUUACGUUGCUGGCUGUCGUUUGCAAUGAUUACUUCCUGCCAUGUGUUGAAACGAUUUGCGAAAGACUAAAUUUAACCCCCGAUGUGGCUGCUGCAACGUUCAUGUCUAUAGCUACGUCUACUCCUGAAUUUUUCACCAAUACAAUCGGUACUUUCGUCACAAAUUCCGACUUGGGAAUCGGUACUAUCGUUGGUUCUUCCAUGUUCAACGCCUUAGGUGUUCCUGCAAUCGGAGGAUUAGCCAGUGCACGGCCACUUCAUUUGGAUUGGUAUCCUCUUAGCCGAGACGCCUUCAUUUACCUCAUAGCAAUUAGUGUUUUAAUUUACAUUUCGUACGACGGACGGAUAUAUUGGUACGAAACCCUCAUCUCGUUAUCGGUGUACAUCUGCUACUUCAUCAUCAUGUUCAACAACAAGAAGAUCGCGAGAUUCGUUAAAAAAUUCGUUAAAAAAUUAGCUAAAAGUGAGGAAGGCAAAGACUCCCAAGAGGAAAUCAGCAAGGAGCCUCAGGAGGUGGAGCCGGACCUACCUAGGGCUUCGCAUAUCUCCGCUUAUGGAACGUAUUCUGAAGAAAAUAAAACGGCGGAAUACGAAGUUGAACAUCAGAAAGUUCUGGAAGCUGUUCUAUCAGAAGACAAGAAGGAGGCACAACAAUCCUUAUUCAGAAGACCGGAAGGAAAUAUGUUUCAAAAGAUUUUCUUCUAUUACGCCUGGCCGCUGAAACUAAUUCUCCGGUACACGGUGCCAAAUCCAAUAGUUUAUCCGAGGUUUUAUCCGGUUACAUUUUUAAUGUGCAUAUUUUGGAUAGGAGUCAAUUCGUACGUGAUUUCAUGGAUGAUUAGCUUAAUUGGUCUAAUUACGCAUCUCCCCGAUGCGUUAUUGGGAAUGACCAUCAUGGCGGUGGGAGGUUGUUUGCCCGAAACAGUCUCUAUGACCAUCAUAGCAAGGAGAGGGGAAGGAGCAUUCGGUGUAUCCAAUUCAUUAGGGGCCAAUACAAUGAAUAUUUUAUAUUCACUAGGUCUGCCUUGGCUGCUCAAAAAUUUAAUCAGAGAAGGUAAAGUUCCUAUUCAAAUUCAUUCUGGUUCUCUGGAAUACACGAUUAUGUCUUUAAUUGUUGCUGUAGUAGUUUUGUACUCAAUUCUUUUGAUUGGUAAAUUUAGGCUGUCUAAAAUAUCUGGGGCAAUUAUAGGUUGUUUUUAUAUAGCGUUAGUGGUUCUUGCUAUUUUAACUCAAACAGUAUUUUUCAAAGAGCAAUGUUGAGUUUUAUUAAACGUUAUGAACGUUAUAUUAUAUACAAUAGUUGUGUACUUAAAAAACUCCUUUUUGCUAGCUAGUAAUUUCUCUUAACAUGCUAUUGAAAUAACUGUUUUCUAAUAAAACAAAUUAUGCCUAUGGUAUUAAAUUUUUUGAAAAAUCUUCAUGUUCUUAAUUCUGAAUUUGUUCAUACUGUUCAAAUCCUUCAUGCAAAUGAG